AUGAUGUUAGAAGCAUUAGAAUUAAAAUCAAAACAAUUUCACCAACAUUGUGUAAAAACUGUAAUAGAAAACGAAUUAUAUUUGGACUUUUUUGUAUACAAAGGAAAAUGCAAAAACAUCAAAUGCACCAGAGGUAACAAAGCUAGAAAAAAUUCAAUUGUGUGCAGUGUUUACAGUGAUAUGGUAAAUCAAGCAAUUGAACAACUCAGGGAGUUAAUAAAAAUAAAUUAA